AUUCGAACACGGUGCUAUGUGAUUCAAAACUCAAGCGAUCCUCGUUCCUGCAUAUAUAUGCAUAGAUCACGCAUGUCCCUGUUGCACAUACGCCGAUGCUGUAAUCUGCAAUGAUCCUUAGCUCUUUGUUUGAUCGGGAUUUGCCUUGGAGCAUGCUCGGGAGUGUGAGCGUGUUAUGCCCGUCAUUUCCUCUGGCUCCGCCACCCCGGCACUCGAAUGUUGUAUUCCAAAAAGCCUUGCGCCUGAGAAGCCCGAUUUACAGUUCUUCUCGACUUUGCUUGACACUCUCCGGGCGCCUCGCGUACACACCCUCAGCAUUCGCCGACUCUACAACGUACCUCCCUUCCGUCUGCCACCUAGAAUAGGCGCUCAGAUGUCAAACUUCCGUGUCGGGUGGAAUCCCGUAGAAUUCGAUUUAAAGUCCCUUCCAUCCUCGCUUUUGCAAUCAUUGCACGAAUCGAGGGCCACGACUAAGGAGUCCGCAGCCGGACGCCUUUCUCCACCUAUGUUUAUCAUCCGUUCUUCUCUCCUAUGCAAGGGGAACCCUGAAGCCUGCCUCCGACACACGGUUGACUUUUCCGGCUUCGCACUGGAACAAGAUCAACUUUCAUCUCCUUCCGCGACCUCGAAUGGGCACGCGAUCAUUAGCUCUGCUCAGCCCAUCACAAUCCCGGAGCCAAUCAGCUUGUUGCUUCGGGUCAACUGUCAGGGUUUUGUGCGCCCGCCCUUCCAGUUUCAGAAGUAUCUAACUGUCUCCUGGAACGCUGUCUUCUCGCAGAAGUUCCCGUGCGCGGGCGUACACAUCCUUCUCUGUGCUUCACCCCUCACUGUCGGUCUCACACCCGGCUAUCACCCCGGCGACGGAUGCGCACGUUCGUCUUCAACCCAGUCGUUGAAGAACGAGUACAUCAGCAUCUGUUCUCUGACCGGACUUCUCUGGUGCCUCAUCAACGACUUCGAUCCCGUCCUCGGAAGGGGGAGCGUGUACCAUGUGCUCGAUCUGACACUCUCUCCUCAUCUUGGGGAUCUGUGUGUUACGUGCAAGACGAAGUGGUUCGAAGGUAUGCCGAUGGUGAUCAAGAUAAGAAAUGCCUUAGAGGAAUUUCGACUUCAGAUUGCGGUACCGGGAAAAGAUAAUGCCCAGUUUUGGAAGGAGAGUAUCUGUGGGCCGGAUUAGUGUUGAGGUUCCGUGUUAUGUCGUGAGGGUACUGCGUGGCGAUUUUGUA